AUGUUUCGUUCGUUCGCUAUCCUCCUCAUAGCCCUCGCAGCUAUCGUAGUGGCCUCACCUACACCAGAGAAGCGGCAGUCUAUCACUAUCCUUUCAAGCUCCCAAGUUGCCAGCUUCAAACCUUACUCGUUUUACGCGUCCGCAGCUUACUGUCAACCGGCGAACACAUUGGCUUGGAACUGCGGAGCAAAUUGCCAGGCUAAUCCUACAUUCAAGCCUGUUGCAUCCGGAGGAGAUGGCAACUCUGUCCAGUUUUGGUACGUCGGGUACGACCCGACACUCAAGACUGUCAUUGUGGGCCACCAGGGGACUGACUUCUCUCAGAUUGAUGCGGUAUUAACCGAUGCCAGUUUCGUCCUUAGCAAUCUCGAUUCCACUCUCUUCCCUGGCGUACCAUCCGCAGUCAAAGUUCACAACGGAUUCCGAGACGAACAGGCAAAGACCGCAACUCAAGUUCUUGCAGCCGUUCAGAAGGCUUUGUCUGCAAACUCGGCUAGUCAAGUAACGGUCGUAGGGCACUCGCUCGGUGCUGCACUAGCUCUUCUGGAUGCCGUAUACCUACGGCUUCAUCUUCCGACCACCACUGGCGUUAAGAUGAUCAAUUACGCUUCACCUCGGGUCGGAAACCCAGACUUUGCGAACUAUGUCGAUUCUCAUGUGCCAAUCACUCAUAUCACCAACAAAAAGGAUAUCGUACCAAUUCUCCCAGGUCGAUUCUUAGGCUACGCUCACCCUAACGGAGAGUUACACAUCAAGGAAGACAAUACCUGGGCUUCGUGCCCCGGACAUGACAAUACCGACACACAAUGCAUCGUAGGAGACGUCCCGAAUGUACUCGAAGGUACCCCUAGUGAUCACUCCGGCCCGUACGGUGGUGUUCAAAUGGGUUGCUAA